AUGCUUCUCGUCUACCAGGUCGGGAGCGUCAAGAUUGGAGAGGUCGUCCGCUACACCGUCACCUACACGCCCUCCCAGGACCGAAUCCUGCCCUCGCCCGAGCGCCUCUACCUGCGCGUCCGCAAUACCUCCGCCAUCGCCCUGCGCGCCGCCUUUGUCCACGGCCCCUAUACGUUGGGCGCCGCUGCCUAUCCGUCCAACUUCAACCCCAACGUCAAGUUCGCGAACCCCCGCCGCUAUGGCGUCCCCGAAUUCGAGCCAAUGCUCAAGGCCGGCGGCUCGUGGGAGUGCGAGCUGCUAGUGCCGGAACACAUCCGUCAGAGUGCGGGAACCGGAGGCGUCGGCCACUUCGGCGGCGUGGCCCCAACAGACCAGGAGGCCGAGAGCGCCUCGUGGAUUGUCGAGGUGUCGUCGCAGGUUAUCUUUUCAACUUCGGCCGCGGUCGGGUACGAGGUGACGCUUGCUAGAGACGCAAAGUCGCUGAACCUGAGCUCCUCACUGCCUGUCAUCGGCGGCCAGACGCAGGUACCGCAACCCGGCAGGGUCGCCGACCACCAGCAGAGCAUCGGUGCCAAGGAUGGCCACCACCCAGCGCAGCCAAAGGGCGUAUUCUCCAAGGCGAUUCGGCUCAAGGUCGAGGACACGGCCGCCCUGUGGAAUACCCCGAGGCUUCCGGGCUGGGACGACCUCAACAUUGACCGGCUCAAGAGCCGUACCAAGAAGGACCAACCUGUCGAGAGCGUCACCCAAGAAGCGCCACAGGAGAAGCCAGAAGUGAAGCAAAAAAAAGUGCACUUGGUUGUCCUCACCCAUGGCCUACACAGCAACUUGGGGGCCGACAUGUUGUAUUUAAAGGAGAGCAUUGAUCAGACAGUCGCGCAGGCCAAGAUUGAUGCCAAGGCCAGGCGUGCCAAGGAGCGCGCUGAGAAACAAGCCAGGGAGAAACAAGCCAAGGAAGACGGGAACGCCACAAAGGAUGCCAAAGACGAACGUGAUGACAACGCCCAAGAUGACAGCCCUGUAGAAGACGAUGGGGACGACGAAGAGGUUAUUGUGCGCGGCUUCUCGGGCAAUGCAACAAGGACAGAAAGAGGUAUCAAGUACCUGGGCAAGAGGCUGGCCAGGUACAUUCUGUCCAUGUCGUACCCCGAUCAGCCUUUCCUGCCGUCAAAGAAGAGCCCGGCAGAGACUGCAGUUGCUGCAGUCUUCAACAAAUCCGAACCAGACAGCAAGGCAGCUCACAAACACAGCACGAUACACAAAGAAGAAGCCAGCGAAAAGCGUCCGUUUAAGAUUACCAGCAUCAGUUUCAUCGGCCACUCUUUGGGCGGCCUGAUACAGACAUACGCAGUUGCAUAUAUCCAGAAGCAUUCGCCAGAAUUCUUUACCCUAAUCAAACCAAUCAACUUUGUCGCCCUUGCCACACCAUUUCUCGGCCUGAGCAAUGAAAAUCCCUUAUACGUCAAGUUUGCCUUGGACUUUGGCUUGGUCGGCAGAACGGGCCAGGAUCUUGGUCUUACGUGGCGGGCGCCUACCAUUGCGAGGAGCGGUUGGGGCGCCAUCGUCAGCAAUCUCGGAGAAAGCGCACACAAAAGGGUCAUGGGUGAAGUCCAACCCGAGUCGAAGCCUCUGCUGCGGAUUCUGCCGACUGGCCCGGCCCAUACGGCGCUUAAGAAGUUCCGCAACCGCACCGUCUACUCCAACGUGGUCAACGACGGCAUCGUCCCGUUGAGGACCAGCUGUCUUCUGUUCCUCGAUUGGCAGGGUCUGGGCCGUGUGGAAAAGGCAAGACGAGACGCCGGGCUGGUCGAGACACUUGUUGGUGCUGGCUGGGCAGAACUGACCGGCGGAAGCUUGGCGCCUACACCACGGAGAUCCAGCGCCCUCCCUCCAGACGAGGCACAGCCUUCGGAUGACCAGUCUGGCAAUAUUACGCCGACGUUCCCGACCAACGCUGUCGAAGUACCGCAGCCGCCGCGGAACGCAAUGAUGGAAGAUGAUCAAGCUAGUCUUCGUUCGGUCCCCACGCCGUACAACGAAGUAGGACCCGAGGACGCAAAGGGCGGUGCCAAUAAUGGACCGUUUGCUGGCUUUUUCUCCCUUUUCAAGGGCAACGAACAUGCACAGCCAAAACCGCAAACCAAGACGCCCAGCAUGUCCAACAAGCAGCACAAAAUCUAUAAGCGGAGUCAGACGAUCAAUUUUGACGAAAUCUCGCAGACGUCGGGGUCCAGGGUCACUGCAGGCCAUGAGCUCGAGCGAGACCACCACAUUGCGCCGCCGAGGACGAGCUUUUUCGAGUCUGCGCACGAUCUGAUCAACCCCAAGAUCCCCACUACAGAGUACAUCAUCGACCCCUCCAAGCGCCCCAGGGCCAUUUUUCACGACCGCGUCUACCACCCAUCAGAUAUCCCGCCGCCGCCGUUGAAGAAGAAACCUACGGGCUCGCUGGCGUCUCGCCGAAGCACAUUCAGGAGGGCUGCGUCGACAGGUUCUGGCGGAUCGAGGACUAGCACCGACUCGUCACCCCACCCGUCCCAACGUUUCUCACAUGAAGGCACCGUGGACUCGGCGCGGGACUACGACGACAAGCCCAAUAUGAGUCCCAACAGAGAGCCCGAUGAGGAAGUGGAUGGUUCGCAGAUGCGCGUUGAAGAGAAAAUCGCUCGAGCUUACCACCGUGGCCUGGCUUGGCGAAAAGUCCUCGUCAAGCUGGAGCCCGACGCGCACAACAAUAUUAUCGUGCGCCGGAUGUUCGCCAAUGCUUACGGCUGGCCUGUUGUAAAACAUCUGGUGGAUGCUCACUUCAGCGAUUCGGCGACCGCGAGGACUCGCGACGAAGACGAGUCUUCCGGAGAGCUAGCACUCGACAUUGGCCAGGCACCGAAUAAGUACGGCGACGAGGUCAGGGAUAGCGGCGUGGCAUCCGAAGACGGCGCGAUUGAUAGGCCGGCCGCUGGACUGCUGUCUCCAACUUCUCGACGCGAGGCCGAAGACAUGGUGCCGGACAUGCAAGCGCCGCCCAAGCGCCGCUCGUCCUCGCGCAGCUCAUCCGCCAGCCCGCCUCGAAUCGCCAGAUCGCCUCGGCCACCGCCAGAACGUGUUGAUUCUGUGACGUGGAGUGACCGAGACUGGGCGGACAGCGAUGAUAGCGAGACAACGACCACGACAGCCAGCGCCGUGAGCCCCAGGGAUGCUGAGUUCAAGGACAAGGAUGGCAACCGGUCGACAACGCCGCUCGGGACCUGGAACUGGACGGAGAAGAUUGUAGGCAGGGGAGGAUUGGCCCGCAAGACAUCACCCAAGCCGACCGUCAAGAGUGACGAUGGCGGCGUAGACUAA